AUGGACAUCAAUGAAGGCACAACAACAGAUGACCUAUGGACUCCAUACAAAGAGCUGGUAUCAGUAGUGGAGGGCUACCUGGCACAUGAGGGUGGUGGAGCACCGUAUGCAGUUCACACAUUUGAAUCAGUUCUUAGACGGCACAAACAGACAUUCUUAUCAUUGUUUAAAAAUCCUUCAAAAAACCUAACCAACAGAGAUGAGAUAAAGAGAGGAGUCACAGAGGGUGUUACCCUCCCAAGUAUAGGCAGAACAAUGUUGUCCAAAGAACUUGUGGAUGAGGCUCUUAUUAUAUCAGACAUGUACAGUGUGAGUGAGUACUUAGCGCUAGAACUACUACACACCGCACAGCGUCAGUCCCCGCGACACCCUGGCCUACCGAGAGGGCUGGUUGCUAUACUACUGUACUAUGACGGCCGGCGCGCUCUGGUCCAAGCUUUGAAGGAGCUAGUUAUGGCUACAGAUGGAGUGUGUUGGGCUAUAAAUGCUCGAGAAGAAAUAAUAUCCUACGUGUCCCGUUACGUGGAACAACUUAUAUCGGAUGGGCUACUGGGAAAUGUUCUGGACGCACUCCGGCGAUACACGCUGGAAGGAGAGAUAGAAUUGUUGCAGAACAACCGCGCGCUACCCCCAAGCAGACAUCAUGCGAGACUUGUUACUACUAUUGAAUCUACAAGAAAACUGCUUGCGGGCGUCGUUUUUGCUGCGUCAGCGCAACGUGGUCUCAACAGGGAUUUACUACUGAGGCUUAUAGCAGAGCAAACAAGGUCGCCGUCGCAGGGACCAACAGGUGCGCUGGACGAAAUUUCACUCGCCUUGCAAAUGGCGCUUCUCUAUGCGUUAGAUCUAUCUGUACUACACAGGAGAGAAGAUGGCGAGGAGUUGGCGAAGAAGCUCCCACUAAUCCAAGAGCCAGAUUUGAUCUCCGUUCUCUUGGAUGAAUUAGCUGGUACUUCGAGCACAGAAGGAGGUGCACGGGCACUAUGCCAGUUGUCCCUAGGUCUGGCACUAGCAGCCCUAAAGCGUGCCCCUCAUUCACUACUAAGGCACCAUCUCAAAUGUGAGCUGUUGGACCAGGAUGAGUCACUUGUUGACUCUGCUAUUGAUGGAAAGGUUUUUGAAUACUUAGAUGAAGCAAUCCUGUCCACUGAGUAUGUGGCAAAAGAGGAGUACUAUCAACGGCGCAUACACACGCUUAUCACAGACUUCAUAGUGCUCAUGCACUCUAAGCUGGUUGAGAUGAGAGUCAAAGCGGACGAGGCGGCGCGCGCGGUGCAGAUGUACGCGAUGGAGGGCGUGGCGGCGCCGGCGGGGGCGGGCGCCGCGCGCUCGCGCCUUGACGCGCUGCUGCGCUGCGUGGAGCGGCUGUACGCGCGCGACCCGCUGCGCCUGCGCAACGACUACUGGCGCGCCUGCCAGCCCGCGCCCGGCACGCGCCCCGGCGGCGGCCGCGCCGCCACGCUCUACAAGUUCGUGCGGCUGUCGGGCGAGGUGCUGUGCGGCGCGCUGCUGGGCCAGUACCUGCGCGCGCUCGCCAGUCUCGCCGUGCCGCGCCACACGUGGGCGCUGCUCGCGCGCCGCGACGCGCUCUCCGCGCACCACCUGCUCACCGCGCUUGCCAGAUACCACAGCAACCUCCGCAGCGGCGGGUCCCCGUUCUCCGAGCACUUGCACGCGUCGUCGCUGGGCGCGUCGGCCAUCGUGACGCCGGCGGCGCGGCCCGGCAAGCUGCUGGUGCGCCAGGAAGAGGUGGAGGCCAUGGUGGCGGCGCUGCGCCUGAUCGCCGCCGUGGCGAGGGAGGACGCCACCGCCACCGCCGCCAUCUGCGACAACCUGCAGUGGGACGCCGUCAACUGCAUGUUCGGCCUAAUCUGCUGUCACGUGCCGCUGGCGCUGAAGGCGGAGCUGUGCACGACGCUGGCGGCGCUGGGCGCCACUCCGGCCACGGCGCCGCGCGUGUGGGCCGCGCUCGAGGCCGCGCAGCUCGUGUCGCACACCAACGACAAGAGGGCGCUCAACGCCGAGCUGCAGGAGGUGGAAUGUCGCAUAGAGGAAUACCCUCUGUCCCGUGCGUUCCUGACUCUGCUGGAGUCGCUGUGCAGCGCGGCGCCGUUACCGCGCGCGCUGGGCGCAGGCGCGAGGCCGCCCGGGCUCGACCCCUACGUGGAGCACGUCCUCAAUAAGCUCGCGCUACCCGCGCCCCACAGGCCCUACGCCAAGCCCUACGAGAAGUGGCAGAUGCUGUCUCUCUGCUUCCGUUUGUUCGCUCGCUGGUUAGACCAGUACGAGCCUUGUCCAUCGGACUUCCCACCAGUGGGACGCGAGUCAGACUCAAACCCACCACCUGGAUUCAGACUACUGCUACAAAUACACACUAAGUCGGAGUUGCUGCGGUUGUUGUUGGCAUCGUUGGAGGAAGCGCUUGAAUUGCUGGACAGACACCCACCAUUCGGCAAGACGUAUGUGGAACAAACCCUGGUGAGUGCACUGCAGAUCCUGGAGAGGGCCCUGGCUUUGGAGCGACCGCUGCAGGCUGCCGCCAAUGAAGCCAAGAGCGCGUUGCUUAACGAAGGCCUUUCUAAGCUCAUAUUAGCCCCCUCGGGGCGCGACAACCAGUGCCGGCUGGUGUGGUGCUGCGCGGUGCUGCAGCACGUGGCGGCGCUGCCGGCGGCGGCGGCGCGCGCCGUGGCGCUGCUCAACCGCGCGCUGCACGCGCCCACCGCCGCGCGCCACCUGCUCGCCUCCAUCACGCACAAGCAGGUGCUCUCCGACAUCAGAUACGGCUUCGUCGAGUGUCUAGAAGCUGAAGAGUGGCCACAGCAACACGAAGGCGAAGGUUCCGAGGAGGUGAAUCCAGUGCGACAGGCCAAAGAAGGGAUCGUGUCUCUGCUGCUGCACGUGCUGCCUUCUGCGCCGCCCAACCUCGCGCAUCUGCUGCUCGGCUACCAACUGUCUGAUGAUGUGAGUCGAAGCAACCUGAGCGAGGCCGGCGCGGGCGGGUACCCGCGCACGUGUCUUCACUCCAUACUCGACAUACUGGACCAGCAUAUCGCGUCUAAUAACUCGCAAAGAGAGGCGAACAAUUUAAUAGAGAGCUGCUAUCGUCUGGUGUACUGGUUGUGUGCGCGGCCCAACACAUCAGCACCAAUGCUUCGGUUCCUAAGAACCAGAGACUAUUUCCUGUCGAGACAUGUGAAGGCCAGCGUUGAUCUUAAAAGUGCGUCGGUAGUGACGCUGUCGUCCCGCUCGUGGGUGCUGCGGGCGUGCGCGUGCGAGGCGGGCGCGGCGGCCGCCACGCGACAGCACGCGGCGCUCUCCGCGCUCCUUGUGGCCCUCACGCACACCGCUCAUCAUCCCACACAGGAGUGGGAGUGGUGUUUACUGCGGAGGACGUUGGAGGAGCUGCCGGUGAGCGUAGAGCCAGCUAUAGAACCACGCUGGGAAUUAUUUCACCCGACUCAGCUGCGACAAGCCCUCGCUUCUUGUGACUUACCCACUGGUCUGGGCGGCAAGCGUAUCAGCGUGUCGCGAGUGCACGCCCUGCUCACGCGAGAGCUGGCCUCGCUGCGAGCCUCCGCGCCGCAAGCCACGCGCGUCGCCAAUGAAAUACAGAAGGUCCUAGACUACGUAACAGAAGUGAACCGACAGCGCAACUUAGCGGCUACUCUGACCCACUACUACGACUCGUGGCGACAGCUUACCGAGAUCAUCUUCUGUGUCGCCCCUCACGACAUUCUCAACCUCGAAUCUAGAAAGAACUUGCUUCUAAACAUACUCCAGGACUUACUCAACAAGAUCCCACCGGGCGAGGUUCUACCACAACUGGGAAACCUCGCUUCAGGAACAGUAUUACUCCUUCUAGUCAACCUAAGACAUUGCUACAUACUACAAAAAAGAGAUUCUAAUUUGAAGACAUCAGAAUUUGAAAUGAGCUUCUUCGGACCUACGAACCAAGUGAUGCAAACGAAUUCUUUGACCUUAAAGUUUAUAUUACAUAAAAUAUUAAGCUGGAUUUUGGUUUCCGGAGGCUCUACACAGAAAAUGAGAGUUAACUUAUAUGGGGCAUUAUUAAAUUACUUAAAUAUAGUGAAUUUAAAGUCAAGCCCAGCUGAUCCUGAAGAGGAUAGUGUGAAUACGACUUAUGUGAGCAGGUUGGACAGUUCUAAAGUGCGCGAUUCCACUGCGAGGGAGGAAUCCGCUUUGAAAUCAAUGGUGAUUGAUGUGAUAAGUGAUUUUGGUGAUAACUUGUGUUCGAUAGUGUGCGGGGAUUGUAUCGGUGCUGGCCAUGACGUGUGCCGUAUGGUCGCUCUGGCGUGUUUGGACACAUUGAUAGAAAUAAAUCCUCGGACGGACUGGAUGAACACGCUGACCAAUCAGGGGUACUUAAGGAGUCUUAUUGAUAGUUUAUUACAAGAUGAUGAGGGAUUGAAAGAGAGCCUAGAGCCCAACCCGUCGUCGCUGCGCGUGCUGUACGUGUACGAGUCGAAGAUGGGGCUGCUGAUCAAGAUGGCGGGCUGGCGCGCCGGCGCCGAGACGCUCCUGGCGCAGGGCGCGCUGGGCUGUCUCGCGUCGCUCACGGCGCUGUCGGCGCACCCCGACAUCCACACGGGCUACGCGCGCCACCCCGACACCGACUUCGUGCCCUCCGUCGCCAACAGGUUCCGUCAGAUCCUGGUGCCGGCUCUAGCGCUGUGUGACGCGCUGCUGACGACGCUGGGCGGCCACAACCACAGCUGCGUGCUCCACGUGCACCACGCGCUCCUCAGCCACGUCGAGUGCAUCGACAUGGUGCUCAGAGCGGCGCACCCGAACUCGCCCGAGGAGCUGCUGACGGAGGUGGAGGCGAUCACGUCGGUGGUGGGGCGCGCGGCCAACCGCGAGGUGUUCGGCGCGGCGGCGGCCAGCGAGCCCACGGCGCUGGCGGCGGGCGCGGCCGCGGCGCAGCGCGUGCGCAUGCUCAUGUUGGCGCUGCUGGCGCGCUUCCACCGCCCCGCCGUCGAGCUGCCCGACCACACGCAGAACAAUCUGCUCUACUAUAAGAUCGUAUGCAACUUGCUGACGUACGCCCGCAACAUAAUGUGCGACAGCUCCGGGCGGGCGACGGAGAGCAUCCCCGUGGAGGGCGGCGCGGUGAGCCGGCUGCUGGCGCUGCUGCAGCACCUGGUGCGCGCGCACCUGCACCACGACAAGCUGCGCGCCACCUCGCACCACCACCUGCACAAGCUGCCCACCUGCAGCCUCGACGACAUGCGCAAGCUGAUCGGGUCGGAGGGCGCGGGGCUGUCGCCGCUGGAGACGCGCGCGCGCGCCCUGAGCGCGGCGGCUCGGCGCGCGCGCACGCGGCGCCUGGAGCUGCGCGCCGUGGGGCACGCGCUGGGCGCGGCGCUGCAGCUGGUGUGGGCGCACGCGCGCCUGCAGCUGCGCCCCGCGCCGCCGCGCGACCCGGCCGAGCCGCUGCACGCGGCCUCGUGGCGCAACCGCGACGACCUGCCCGACCUAAGGGACGACCUGCUCGCCGUCUUCAACGACAAGUUCACCGACCAGCUGCUCGACACCGCCAAGAACGAGCCAAGCUCACAACGCAACUUCCUAGAGAUCCUCGUGAAAGAUAUCAAGAGUAUGAUUCAAUUCGCGCCGCUAUAA